CUAACGCCGCGAGUACGCUCAGUAGUAAUUCACCGGUCCGGGUGAAAUGUUUUCCAUUGUUGUUGGACGGUUACACGAGACUGCUGCUGGAUAACUACUACUGGACACGACUAACCGACGUACGAUACAUACACGCAUUGUAACGUCGCCGCAAAGAUGAGUAGCAACUGCAACUGUCCGGUCACCCAACCAGGUCCGACGUUGGCCAGCACGUGCGGCGGAUCGGCUUUCAUGUUAUUCAUGGGCUUGCUGGAGGUGUUCAUCAGGUCGCAGUGCGACAUCGAGGACCCAUGCGGCCGUCCCUUGCCGAGAGCGUUUCCGGACAAGGAGUACGACUUCAUCGUCGUGGGCGGCGGGUCCGCGGGCAGCGUGGUGGCGAGCAGACUCAGCGAGGUGCCGCAAUGGAAAGUGCUGUUGAUCGAAGCCGGCGGCGAUGAGCCCACCGGUACGCAGGUCCCGUCGAUGUUCCUCAACUUCUUAGGCUCGUCAAUCGACUGGAGUUUCAACACGGAACCCGAGGAAAUGGCGUGUUUAGGCAAUGAGGAAAGACGUUGUAACUGGCCCAGAGGAAAGGUGCUGGGAGGUACGAGCGUGAUGAAUGGCAUGAUGUACAUGCGGGGUAGCCGGCACGACUUCGACGGAUGGGCGAAGCUGGGCAACCCGGGCUGGAGCUACCAAGAGGUGUUGCCGUACUUCUUGAAGUCGGAGGACAACCUGCAGGCGACCGAGAUGGACACGGGGUACCAUGCGGUGGGCGGGCCGCUGCCAGUGGGCCAGUUCCCGUACCACCCGCCGCUCUCGCACGCGAUCCUUGCCGGUGGCCAGGAGCUGGGCUACCAGGUGCGGGACCUGAACGGGGCGCUGCACACGGGCUUCAUGAUCGCGCAGACCAUGUCGAAGAACGGGUCGCGGUACAGCUCGGCGCGCGCGUUCUUGCGGCCAGCCCGCAACCGACCUAACCUGCACGUGAUGCUGAACGCGACGGUGACGCGGGUGCUGAUCGACCCGGCCAAGAUGGCCGCGUACGGCGUGGAGGUGCACCGUAACGGGCGGACGGAACGCGUGUUGGCCAGUGCCGAGGUGGUGUUGUGCGGGGGUGCGGUCAACUCACCGCAGCUGCUGCUGCUGUCCGGCGUCGGUCCCAAGGAUGACCUGAAAGCGGUCAAGGUACCGGUGGUGCGCGACCUGCCGGGCGUCGGCCGCAACCUGCACAACCACGUGGCGUUCUUCGUCAACUUCAACAUUAACGACUCGUCGACCACCGCUCUCAACUGGGCCACGGCCAUGGAGUAUCUGCUGUUCCGGGACGGGCUCAUGUCCGGCACCGGCAUCAGUGAGGUGACCGCGGUACUGCCGUCCCGGUACGCCAACCCGGUGGACGACAACCCGGAUCUGCAGUUCUUCUUCGGCGGCUACCUGGCCAACUGCGCUAAGACCGGGCAGGUGGGCGAGCGCGAGAACGAGUCCGGCCGCCGCUCUGUGCAGAUGAUACCCGCGGUGCUACACCCCAAGAGCCGCGGAUUCCUGAAGCUCAAGACUGCGGACCCUCUCGCGCACCCGGCCAUCCACGCCAAGUACCUCAGCCAUCCAGACGACGUGGCCGUGCUGAUCGACGGCAUCAAGAUCGCCAUCCGGCUGUCCGAGACGACCGCACUCAAGAAGUACGGCAUCGAGCUGGACCGCACGCCCGUGGCCGGCUGCGAGGACCUGCCGUUCGGGUGCGACGCGUACUGGGAAUGCGCGGUGCGCCGCAACACCGGCCCGGAGAACCACCAAGCGGGCAGCUGCCGCAUGGGACCGCCCAGUGACCCGGCCGCCGUCGUAAACCAUGAGCUCAAGGUGCACGGCGUGGAUAGGCUGCGCGUGGCCGACGCGUCAGUCAUGCCGGCCGUCACGUCCGGCAACACGCACGUGCCCGUGGUCAUGAUCGCCGAGAAGGCGUCCGACAUGAUCAAGAGCCGGUGGGUGGGUCGCAAAGCGUGGAAUAAGUGGUAAGCCGCACGACAACACUACCACCACCUACUACUAGCACCAACACUCAUACUACUACUAACACGUCACGUCGUCUCGGGGUAACGCGGCGCACUCGUCACUAACCGAUCGACCGGGCCAUUUGCACACGUAGCGGUUCGUCCUCCCGAGCUCUCCGCCGACACUGUUCACUAACAAAGAGCUUCCAAACCCGUUUGUUUUUCUCAUCACCCUACACUUGUUGUACUUUUGCAGAACGACUACGCCGCCGCCGCCUCCAUCCGAGUGAACUUUGCUGCCGAGUCCUGCGACCACCGGACCCCGCGAGCCUCCUCGGACGUUACAACUUUUUAUCGCAUCCGCAACACGUCACGCCCUGCAUCGUUAUUAUCAUAAUUACUAUAGUGUUACUACCGCGAAUGCUCGUGUUCGUACCGCUGCAACAGGACAUGAUAAUAAUAAUAAUUAUUAUUGAAAUAAAAUUGAAAAAAUUAUUGUGACGAUAUCGUAAUGGUAACGAUGUCUUUACGAUAUUUUCGACCUGUACUAACGAACACGAGUGCCGCAAAUUACACACACACACACACAUAUACUCGCGUAUACCUAUUUAUGUUAUUUACCCGUUUCAUUCGAUUUACACUGCUUAAGUAUUAUUGUAUUUUCUGUGCGUUGAAACAUUUUACAAUACUACGAUUAUUACUAUUAAGUAUUUA